AUGUUUUCUCGAAAGCGGAAACAACUGAAGGUACGGAAAAAGCUUUCGGCGGAAAUGCCAACGCGACCCGUUCCUGAAGCACGCAGUUCGACGAAUGGCAGGCCAGCUCCAUCCACACCUAAGUCUGGCAUAAAGAAAGGGCUAAAGCUCGAUGCCGAGAAGAAGAAAAAAAAGAAGCGUCAAGCCGAUAAGAACGAUAAGAAAGCGUGUAUCAACACCGCAAAGGAAGACGUGGCUCAGAGCACCAACGAAGCCAAAGAGUUGGCUGAACAUCCCAGCGGUAGUCAGUCUCGAAAGACCAGUAAGAAGAGAUCUUAUGAUGAGGCUGCAGCCACUCCCCAGCCCUCUACCAUGAAGAAACAAAAGCGGGAUGGAGCAGGGGCUCCACCACGGCCAGUGCGUACCCCUCUUUAUGCACCCAGACCAUAUUGUGAUCCCCGGCCUAUUCCCUCACGGGCCAAAUACUCCUGUCUUGAAUCAAAAACGGCUCACAUCCCGGAGGCAUUCCAGAGCGAGUACACUAAUGGCAAGUACCUCAUCAUGCGCACGCCAAAGGCCCUGAACCUUACCAUGAGGCUAGUCACGAAUGCCCUUCGCAGGCAUAGGGUCAACGGGGCCAUCAUUGCUGAGACAUAUGGGGAUGAGUGCUGGGCCAUAGGGUUUGACACUGAGCAAUCAGCUGCACGUAAUUCUGGGAAAAAACUGGUGUUUGAGCUUGAGAAAGAAAAGGGCGUGACAGAGACGCUCGAGGUGACCCUGAGGCCAUACCUUUUAGAGUGCCCCAGACUCUUUAUCACAGAUCAUGUGGGACGAUGUCCCGAUCAGGUCUUGUCUGAAGCCGUCAGCAAGUCUUGCCCUGGAAUUAAAUUCUACCUGGCGGCGCAGGUAUGUCAGGGGAUGAGGGGCUCCAAGCGGCUGCUAGCCUUUCGGACCGACCCGGGAAUCAAAUUCCUUAAGCUGAAGGUCACUCCCGAUAAGGGUGUUCCGACGAUGCCGGCUAUGAAGAUCAAGUUCAGAGUGGUUGAUCCUAGAUCCCAGUGCCGUACAUGCGAUAGUCCAAACAAACAUGAGGCUAGACAUUGUGACGACUGGAAACAUAUCCAAGGUCGGGGGAUUGAGAACCAGUUGACGCAACGACCACGGAAUAUGCAGUUUGAUAACUGGCCAUGA